CGCAGUAGUGUCAAUAAACUGGUUCGUGAUGAGUUGCAGCGAUCUGUUUUCUUUGGUAGAGCGGUUUUUAAAAAAGUGCUUUACUUUGAUUUAGGUUGACUUCGCUACUGACUUGAUGAGUGAAAAAAACAAAACGCGUUUUUAAUGAGUAAUUCGCGUUUAUUAACUAGAUUUAUUCAAAGCUGUUGUAACGUUUUAAUUAGGUCAUUUCUAAGAAUAAAAACAAGCGGCCUCCAACCACACCGCGCUUUCCUACAACUGGAACCGCUCUUCAAGCACUGUAACGGGAGGGGUUUCUCAUCACCCCGCAAAAUCAAACACACACGAAACUACACCACUAGGGCUAACACAAUGCCAAAAGAUAACAAAACGAAAAAGUCUCAGAGCAAAGACACACCAAUAUCCCCUGAAGUUCCCGCAGGUCCAGUGUCACGUGAUAAAACAGGCUGCGUGACCAUCGCCAUACAUGCCAAACCUGGGGCCAAACAAAACGCCGUUACAGAUGUGUCAACAGAAGCAGUAGGUGUCGCUAUAGCAGCACCUCCGUCAGACGGGGAAGCAAAUGCAGAACUUGUUUGGUAUCUCUCCAGGGUCCUGGAACUGAAGAAAAGUCAAGUAACCCUGGAUAAGGGCUGUAAAUCACGAGAGAAGGUAGUGAAGCUUUCAGCAUCUGUAAGUCCAGAAGAGGUUCUGGAGAGACUGAAAAAGGAAGCUGCCAACAGCUAAGAGGAUUAGAGGGCUAUCAUGUCACAUUUCAGAUUGGUUGACCUGCCAGCUGGGCAAAAAACUGUAUCCAUGGAAACGGAGCACUGUUGGAAGAUAGAAUUAACUGUAUGAGUGAUACAGUAACCAUUCAUACAGUCCCUAUAUAGAUGAAAAGCUGAUGAAAAAGGAAAAGAUGAAUACACGCAGAGAAUUACAUAAAGCAAGUUACUUGAGUAUUGUAAUAUUUGGGACCUGCAGUUAGAUUUGUAAAAUCUUCAAAGGGAUCUGGAUUUUAAAGGAUCAAAGAUAACUCGGGGGUUCAUACACACAGUAAUAUUGUAACUGUAAGUGAGGUUAUAUGUUAUUAAAACUGUUUCAUUAAUAUCCAUGAUUGUGCUUGUAUCAAAGUCCUUAGCUACAGGUUUUUUUUUUUUUUUAUAUGAACCUGUCUGGCAAAAAAUCAGCAUGUGAGUUUCUUAUAGCACAUGACAGUUGAAACUAGACUUGCAUAUUCUUAUGUGCUGUUAGAUCGAGCAUGGAUCUGUUUCACAGCUCAGAUCAUUCCAAUGAUUUAAACCAUAUCCAGCAAAGCAAACAAGUUACUUCUAUAUUGCCAAAUUAUUUACAUAUUCAAAAUAAAGAUAU